GCGGGUCCGGAUCGGGUAGCGCCGAGGCGGCAGGGGCAGCGGCUGGGCCCCGGCCCUGUGCGUCCGUGUGCGCGCGCCCCGUGGAUGUGAAUAGGCGGCGGCGGCAGCGGAGGAGCCUCGGGCGGAGGGCCGGCCGGCGCCGGGAGGGGGGGAGUGCGCACCAUGGAGCCGCGGCGGGGGGUUACCCGCGCGGCAGCGGUGACGGCGGCGGCGCUACUGAUGCUGUUGCUGCCGCCUCGGAGCCGGGCGGACGAGCACGACCACACGUACCAAGAUAAAGAAGAAGUUGUUUUGUGGAUGAAUACUGUAGGACCAUACCACAAUCGCCAAGAAACAUAUAAAUACUUCUCACUUCCUUUCUGUGUGGGAUCGAAAAAAAGCAUCAGCCACUACCAUGAAACACUGGGAGAAGCACUUCAAGGAGUUGAAUUGGAGUUUAGUGGCCUAGAUAUAAAAUUCAAAGCAGAUGAUGUGCAGACCAACUACUGUGAAAUUGACUUAGACAAAGCAAAGAGAGAUGCUUUUGUGUAUGCUAUCAAGAAUCACUAUUGGUACCAGAUGUACAUCGAUGAUUUACCAAUAUGGGGUAUUGUUGGUGAAGCAGAUGAAGAUGCUGAAGAUUACUAUCUUUGGACCUACAAAAGGCUGGAAAUAGGUUUCAAUGGAAAUCGAAUUGUGGAUGUUAACCUAACUAGUGAAGGAAAGGUGAAAUUGAUAGCAAAUACCAAAAUCUCAAUGUCAUAUUCAGUGAAAUGGAAAAAAUCAGAUAUAAAAUUUGAAGAUCGAUUUGACAAAUAUCUUGAUCCAUCUUUUUUUCAACACAGGAUUCACUGGUUUUCAAUUUUCAAUUCUUUCAUGAUGGUUAUCUUCUUGGUGGGCUUAGUUUCUAUGAUUUUAAUGAGAACUUUAAGAAAAGACUACGCACGAUAUAGUAAAGAGGAAGAGAUGGAUGAUAUGGACAGAGACCUAGGAGAUGAAUAUGGCUGGAAGCAGGUACAUGGAGAUGUAUUUAGACCAUCAAGUCACCCUCUGAUAUUUUCCUCACUUAUUGGUUCUGGAUGCCAGAUAUUUGCAGUAUCUUUCAUUGUCAUUAUUGUUGCAAUGAUAGAGGAUUUAUACACAGAGAGGGGAUCAAUGCUCAGUACAGCUAUAUUUGUUUAUGCUGCUACAUCCCCAGUGAAUGGCUACUUUGGAGGAAGCCUUUAUGCUAGACAAGGAGGAAGGAGAUGGAUAAAGCAGAUGUUUGUUGGGGCUUUCCUUGUUCCUGCAAUGGUGUGUGGCACUGCCUUCUUCAUUAAUUUUAUAGCUAUAUAUUACCAUGCUUCAAGAGCUAUUCCAUUUGGAACAAUGGUUGCUGUUUGUUGCAUCUGCUUUUUUGUUAUUCUUCCCUUGAAUCUCGUUGGUACGAUUCUAGGCCGAAAUCUGUCAGGCCAGCCCAACUUUCCUUGUCGUGUGAAUGCUGUGCCUCGUCCUAUACCGGAAAAAAAAUGGUUCAUGGAACCAGCAGUUAUUGUUUGUCUUGGAGGAAUUUUGCCUUUUGGCUCAAUCUUCAUUGAAAUGUACUUCAUUUUCACAUCUUUCUGGGCAUACAAGAUCUACUAUGUCUAUGGUUUCAUGAUGCUGGUGCUGGUUAUCCUUUGUAUUGUGACUGUUUGUGUAACCAUUGUAUGCACAUACUUCCUGUUAAAUGCAGAGGAUUAUAGGUGGCAAUGGACAAGCUUUCUUUCUGCUGCAUCAACUGCAAUCUAUGUUUACAUGUAUUCCUUUUACUACUAUUUUUUCAAAACAAAGAUGUAUGGCUUGUUUCAAACAGCAUUUUACUUUGGUUAUAUGGCGGUAUUUAGCACAGCCUUGGGGAUAAUGUGUGGAGCAAUUGGUUACAUGGGAACAAGUGCCUUUGUCCGAAAAAUCUAUACGAAUGUGAAAAUUGACUAGAGAAAUAAGAAAACUGGGAACUCUGGAUCAGUUACUGUUUCGUGGGGGUGGAACUUGCACAACGUAAAGCGCAAGAAGAUAAUUGGGCUUAAACACUGGGUACUUUGUGGGUCUCUGUUCGUGGAUGGCUUAAAGUAACAUCUAUUUUCAUUGAUCCUAGGUUCUUACUGACUGCUUUCUCCAACUGUUCACAGCAAAUGCUUGGAUUGUAUGCUAUAGGCAUUACUACAGUACAUGGCUAAUCCUCCCAAAAACUAGCUCAUUAAAGAUGAAUAGACUAGCUCUCUUCAGUGAAGAGGACAAACAGUUUAUUUAAAGCAUUUGUUCCAUUUAAAUAAAAAGUGGGAAACUUGGUUGCUAAAAUUAUAUGAAUAGAAAUCUUUCUGGAAUUUAGAUAUCGAAAAAAUAAUGUUCCAGAAGAUUACUUUUCUCUUAUUUUUGCUGCCAUUGUCAGGAUAGUGGGAUGUUUUUAUAUUUUGGAUCUGGGCUCUCUAUUUUUUCCAGUUUAUUUGCAUUUCCAGUAUCAACUAUACCUACAUUCAUUUGUUUAAGAGAAUUAAAAAGUAUAUAUAUUAAAACCUGCAUGUAAUAUAUCUGCUGUCGUUCUAUUUGGACCAAUUUCCCAUUUAUUUAUCUUUAAAAUAAAUUUCAAAUUACAUCUUAAUUCCAUCCAAAGAAGAUACCGCCUGAAGACAGAGAUGUAUUCUCUACAAUGCAAUUUACUGUACAGUUAGAAAGCAAAAUGUUAAAUGAAGAGAAUAUUUGUUUUUAUCAAACAUUUUGAGUUUUACAUAAACAUUUUAACUGAAUGUCUAAAGUGAUUAUCAUCCCCCUUCUAUCCCCCCCUUCCAAUUUCUUAUAUCUUUUGUUUGGGUUUGAAUGAAGGCUUUACUUAAGACAUUAUAAGAAAAAAUGGGAGGGAGGGGGAGAGGGUAAUAAAUGUAUAUAACAUAAAAUAAUGUAACUUAGUUGUAGAUCCCAAAUGCAUUUGGAUGUACAGAUUUACUACGGAGUACUUUUUCUGAUGAUGAUCUGGUGUAGAAAUAUGUGAAUUUGGGUAGCUUUUUACAUCUUGCUUACCAUUGCAUGAAACAUUGGGGUUUCUUCACUGUGUGUGUGUGUGUGUCAGUCAUACUUAUUUUUCGGGAGAGGGUUGUUUUCUUCUCUUCUUUCUGAGGCUUUCACUGGAGCCAAAUUUGUAAUUUAGAGCAUUUAAUUUUGUUAAUCCUGUCUGGACACAUAAAAUAUCUAAAGCAUUACUGCUUUAGAGUGUUCAGAAAAUUAAAAUAAAAUUUCCUGACAAAAUUGUUUUGAUUGUGAAAAUAGAUGUGUUUGCAAUUUGAAAAGUGUUCAAAAAGGCAAUUAUUUCUCAAUGUCAGUUUUAGUAUACAGUGUUGUUUUCAAGACCAGAGAACCCACACUUCAAAGUCCAAAGUCCUUGCUUACAUCUAUAUUAUUUAGUAUAAUUCCAAAAUUAAUGACUAUCCAUUCUUGGCUGACCUUUGAAAGGUAUGUUCGAGUUGGUGUACUACAUGAAAAGUAGGGAUGUAGUAUGACUGUUUCUUAAAGCAAGCAGAUAAAGGUCACAAAUUCCCAAGUGUAGAGAUGAUCAAUUUUGCAAUAUAUCUGGCCAGAAGAAUCUAAUUUGAAAUUGUUUCCUCGGCAUGAUUAAAUUACUGUCAUUUUUUGUUAGACAAAGUAACUAUAUAGAAUAAUAGUGUGUUAAUAUUUUUAAAGACACAAAACAUCUGUGUUUAAGCCUAAAUAAUGUUAUAUUUGUGUAGUUCAUUACAUAUCAUAAUGGAUAAUAGGUCUUGUAGUUGGAUGGAGUCUCUCUAAGAUAUAUUUCUAGAAACUGACAGUAUUGUGCAUCUUUCAUGAUGUAUGUAAGCUGUGUGAAUGACAAAAUUAUUUGAAAAAAUAGUGCUUUCUUGCCCCUAAAUAAGGAUUCUAUGAGGAAAUGAGAGUGUGUUUAGAAGUAGAAAGUAAAUCUUAAGUGAAAUCAUAUUCACCAAGCUGAAAAAGUACACCAAAAUAUAUCCCCAAAGUAAAACAUUUUGAUUCCUCCCUUUCCUAUUCUCAACUACUUUGACAAGUGAGAUCUUUAGCUACAUUUAUGAAAAUAUAAUUGCUUAUGAUUUAAAACCCAAAUGUGUGAAUGUUGCAGUACUUUUAAAAGCACACGAUCUGGUCAAGAAUAAUUGAAUUGCAGGUGUUUUGUCUUACUAUGAAUACAUUUUAAAAUUUAGUUGUUGUUUAAGUGCAGUUAUACUAAAUCCUUUUGUUCUUUUAAGUCUUAGUGAAAAUCAAUUUUCUUAACUAAAUCCACUAAAGAUGAAAGAGAAUUCAUCUUAAGAAGGGCUUUUUGAUUCUUGGUGCCUCUAUAGUUACAGGUAGAUAGAUGACUAUAGUUUGAAAAACUUAUAUUUCUUACUGUUGAAGUGGGAUUAGUGAAUUGAAUUGGUUAAUGAAAUGGAGAUUGUUUUUGUCAUUUCCAAAUGCUAUGUGAUUUUUCUUUCUUUUGUUAAUAUUGUUUCUGUCACAAUAGUCUAAGUGCAUUAUCAAUGCAAAAAUUGCUAAAAGGGACAAACCUUGCCUUUGUUUCUGUAAGCAUGUUUCUAUUGAAACAGAUAAAUAAUAAAGUGACAUCUCUUUUUUGUAUAUCCUAGCACAAGAGGAGGGUGAAAGUAGAGGAGUCUGCUUAAGGGGAUGUAAAGCCUUAUUUAUAUAUCAUAUUAGACUCUUCUGCAUAUUACCCUUAAAUAGAGACUGGAUAACUAGAAUUUUAUUGAAAUAUGUUAUCUGAGCUGGACCUGUAUGCUCAGGUUUUUUAAGUAAUCACUUACUCGGUUGUUACAAGUUGCAGUUCAUAAUGACAGCCACUAUAGUUAGGUUUCUUCAACUUGGAACUGUAAGCCAGUUUUAUUCACUUUGAUACAACUUUUGUUUUUUUUCAAUUCUCAAAACUACUUAGUAGCCAUUUGAUGCCAAAUUUUGUGCAAGCAAAUGUUUGAAAUUGUUCUGAAUUACGACAAAAGUGAAUAGUUUACAAAUGUAACUUGUGUUGUACAGGAAAAGUUAAGCUACAGAAGGACUUUUUGCGUAUGAAUUCUGGAAAAUAGCUCCUUUGGAGCUAUAUAAUGAAAUUCCAUCUGGAUUUAAAUACAAAUUAAUGGCAUGUCUUAGUAUAACCCCAUUUGUUGGUUUGAACACGUGGAGUGAGUAGUAAAAAAAAUCAACACACAAGUGCUUGAAAAAUUUUGUCUUCAUUCAUACUACAUAAUUAUCAAAACUGUUUCAGCAACUGACAUAAAAGAGGACAGGGCCAUAAAGAUUUAUGGAAGAAUGUUUUCCUGUGUAGGCCAUUUGGAAAUUUAGUUCACAGGUUUAUAGAGAUUAGAUACUAGCUGUAGGUAAUACAAAAAUUUACAUAAUACAUUUUAGCUGCAGAAUGUAAGAUUUAAUUAUGAUAAAAAGGAAUGUUAUAGUUCCAUCCUACAUAAGAAGCCGUUCUCCAAAAGAUUGCUUUUGAUUCUUCUUGAAGAUUGUAGGUGGAACAUGCAAAGGAAGAGUAGAAAAGUCAUGGGAAUUACUUCAGUAUUUCAGUGAAGAGAAGUAAGGAAGCUCUUUCCAAGGCUUUAUAUGGGAGGCUUGGAUGAAUUGAGUUUGGGAGGGGACUCUUUUUAAGUAAUUAUUUAGUGACAGUGCAAUAUACUGUAGCUUCAUCCUAGGAAAUUAUUUUGUGCUCUCUUAGGCUGGAAUGGAAGCAAAGCAGAAAUAACAUUUGAUUCUAUGCGAAGGACAAUAGUGGGUUAAUCUUCUUAAAAGCCACCUGCUGUGAAUUAGCACCGCAUGGAAGAGCAGUUAUACUUGGGCUUUUUAAAAUGUUUGAAACUUGAAUUUAUAAAUCCCCAUAAGCAAGGAUGUUCGGUGACAAAAUUGGGAGGAAACAGUUGUUGCUUGCUGAUUAUAUUCAUUUUGUACACACUCCUGCUCUGUGCAAGCCAUAAUUUGCCACCUGGCUUUUUUGAGUACUAGCAAACCAGUAUAAUGUAUCAAGUACCUCUCUGAGGUUCUGGUGUGUUGUACGUACCUUAACUGAAGUUGGUUUUUUUAAGUAAUAAAAAAAAUGUUAAACUUCUGAUUCAA